AUGGAUAUAUCAGUAAGUCAUAGUGGUGCUACAUCAACAGCUAUCAGUGAUACGACUGAUUUCUGUGUCGUUUGUGGUGAUAAGGCUAUCGGUAAGCAUUAUGGUGCUGUAGCAUGUAAUGGAUGUAAAGGUUUCUUCCGCAGAAGCGUUUGGCAAAAUUUGCAAUAUACUUGUCGAUUCAGUAAACAAUGCAACAUUGAUAAAGAUCAUCGGAAUGCAUGCCGAUAUUGUCGUUUCCAGAAAUGUUUAGCAGAUGGCAUGAAACCGGAAGCAAUCCAGAAUGAGCGAGACCGUAUCGGUAGCACAAAACGAAGUCGUAAAAGAAGUCUUCCGGCUCAUUUACAGCCGACAUCAACAAGUGGAGAUGGUAACAGUGAUUCAGAUGAUGCGCCAUCUUCCGCACGUCUUGAACGACGUUAUAGCGAAGAUGAAGCAACGACAGCAGCGUCACGUCGUCUUGUAGAAAUGAUUGUGGAUAUUGAAAGUAGACUUCAAGGAAAUCAAAAUAUUAAUAAUAUUCUUGGCGGUGAAGGACAGGAGAAUAAUUCUCGACAGAGAACUAUAUCACUAAUGAUCGGUUGGGCUAAUUUGUUGCAUCCAAUUCCUGAGUUACCAUUCGCUGAUAAGGUUUUACUACUAAAGCAUUGCUCACCAGCAUUCUCGCUUCUGCACACUGUUCAGCGUUCACUUUCAUCUACUCAUAUUGUACUUCCUAAUGAUACAAUCCUGACCCUUACACCUUUUCAUUAUCCCGAUCUCGUUGCUAUUGUAAGUCGUAUCUUGGAUGAACUUUUAACCCCUCUUCGUCGUAUAAAUGUUGAAAAGGCAGAAGUUUCGGCAUUAAAAGCUUUGGUAUUAUUACAUCCGGAUGUAACUGGUUUAACUAUUGUAUCACGUGAAAAGUUACGCGAGGCACGUGAUGGUGUACUACGUGCCUUAUUCACUUAUCUUAAACAAAUUUUAUCACCUGGUGAUACUUCGGUACGACUCAGCAAUUUACUCCUCAUUAUACCCUCCUUAUAUUCAAUUGCACAAACACUUGCACAGAACAAUCAACUUGGUGUCAUUUUCGGUUUAACGGAUCAAACUUCUCCGUCAAACAAACAUGUCACUUUGAUGACGGAUUGUAUUGAUGAGCAUCAGGAUGUGAAGGAAGAUUUGAGCAACCUGUCAAAAGAUAACAACAAUGUUUUAUUCACCAAAACACCAACAAUGCUUACUAAUCUAAUAGCAAGUCAAGCUAUUUCCACUCAUGAUAAUCUGCAAACCACAGCAACGAUAACAAAUCCGGUUGCUCUACCGCUAUUGUCAUCAUCAACAUUACCGUUGCAAAUGAAAAUGUUUAUGACUUAG